AAUGGGAAGCGUGCAGCACCUCUCCAUCAUCACCACCACCACCACCACCACCACCGCCGCCGCCGACACCGACUCUCUCCUCUCCGUGUAGCCGACGAGCGCUCCCUCCACCGCCGCAGCCGCAUGAGCGACAAGGCGCCGUGUGGACCUCCGCUGCUCCAGUCUCCUCUAACCCACUUUUCCCCGGCUGCAUCCUCGCGCUCCUCCAUCACCACCAGUGUCUGAGUGUUAUGCUGAUAUCCGGGAAUAUCGGGGGGAUUUUGGGACGGAAAGACUCUCCACUGCUCCUCUAACUAAACCUCUCCACCGUGCACGCUCCCGGUCUCCGCUGCGUCCCCGGCGCUGCUCUUUACGCAGCAAAGGCGACGCUAAUUUGACCGCAAAAAAAGGGGGAGAAACUCAACAGUUGUUGCCGCUUCUUGUGUGCAUGUCGACGGGCGUAUCGUCACAAUGUGGAGGCUACUGCAAUCGUGCUGUUGCUGCUGGUGGAUUUUCUUGAUCGUGUUGCCAGCCUGCGUGCUCCUCUGGGCCGAUUGCCAUCCCGCACUGACAGGAAGCCAAGCCGAGUCCCAAGCCCCUGCCCUCAGCCUUCGCAGAGCCACAGCCGAUGGGACGCGUCUCCGGAGAGCUGCCACAGAGGAGACCUACUGGGCCUACUCAGGUCUAUAUGGACCAGAUGAGGGCUGGGCGUCUGCCUACCCAGAAUGCAGAGAGAGAAACCAGUCGCCAAUCAACAUUGUGGACCAUGAUACCAAAGUAUCCACAGAGUUUCAGGAACUGACACUGGAGGGCUUUGAGUCUGAAUCCUCUAAUAAGACAUCAAUGAAGAACACUGGAAAAACAGUGGCAAUUAUGCUGAAGGAUGAAUACUUUGUUCGGGGAGCUGGCCUACCGGGGAGAUUUAAGGCAGAAAAAGUGGAGUUUCAUUGGGGUCCCAGCAACGGAUCUGAUGGCUCUGAACACAGCAUCAACAGUCGACGAUAUCCUGUGGAGAUGCAGAUCUACAUGUACAACUCAGAUGACUUCGACAGCCUCAGUGCAUCGCUCAGGGAGAAGAGGAUCAUUGCAGCCAUGGCUGUGUUUUUUCAGGUUGGAGGGAAUGACAAUCCUGCUGUCGACCCCAUAAUCCAUGGCCUGAAGGGCGUGGUCCAUCAUGAGAAAGAGACGUUCCUGGAGCCGUUUGUGCUGAAGGACCUGCUGCCGUCCGCACUGGGAAGUUACUAUCGCUACACCGGCUCUUUGACCACUCCGCCCUGCAGUAAGGUGGUGGAGUGGAUCAUUUUCAGCAGACCUAUCUACGUCUCAUACAAACAGUUGGAAGCUUUCUACUCGAUCUUCACCACGGAGCAGCAGGACCACGUUAAGUCAGUGGAGUAUCUGCGCAGUAACUUCAGGCCCAUCCAGAGAUUGGAUAAUCGCCACCUCUUCAAGUCAGCAGUCAAAGAUGCCUGGCUACCCGACCUGACUGACAGCGCCAGUGGACCAUACGGCACAGAGGCUUCCAAAGUGUGCAGCAGCGCUCCCAUCAACAUGAAGGUGCAGCAUGUGAACAGCAGCGCUCUUGUGGUCCGCUGGGCACGCCCAGAGAUCACCUACCACCCGCCCAUCCUCCACUUCCUGGUGUCCUACAGCUGGACAACCCACGACGACAGCUACGAGGAGACGCACCUCACAGACCCUAAGCACAAACUGGAGGCUGUAAUUUCUCCUGUCUCCCCCGAUGUACUGUACCUGUUUCGAGUCCAGGCCGUCUGCAUGAAUGACAUGCGCAGUGACUUCAGCCAGAGCAUGCUCUUCAGAGCAAACACCACCAGGAUCUUUGAGGGGACGAGGAUUGUGAAAACCGGGAUGCCGACGGUCUCUCCAGCCUCCUCAGCCGACAUGGCACCCAUUUCCUCUGGCUCAUCCACCUGGACCUCCUCAGGCAUCCCCUUCUCUUUUGUCUCCAUGGCGACAGGCAUCGGUCCCUCCUCCAGCGGUAGUCAGGCAACAGUAGCGUCCGUGGUGACCAGCACUUUACUGGCCGGGCUGGGUUUCAGUGGUGGUGUCAUCUCUUCCUUCCCCAGCUCUGUUUGGCCAAGCAGAGCACUGAGGCAUAAUCCCACCUCCAAUCGCCAGCCCGCCGAACCCACUGAGCCCGCCGAGGAUACCGCCACCUCUGCCUCUGCUGUCACAUCGUCUGCUGCCAACGAUUACGGUGAGGCUAGUGGUGAGGACAGCGAGAACAGCAAGAGUCAAGGAGAGGAUGGAGAGAGGGAAGGAGAGGACAAGGAUGAAGAGGAUGAGGAAGAAGAGAAAGACGAGAAGAAGACGAAGAAGAAGAAGAAGAAGAAGGGAUCAAGACUAGAAGGCAAAGCAGGGAGGAAGGCCAAUCAUAUAGUGGUGAAUGAGCCACUGGGCAAGACUUCGGAGUCCACCGCAAAGGAGAAAAAACAGACUGAACCAGAUCCAACUAAAAUAACACCUGGUGUAGAAGAACAACCAGAGGCCUAUUCACACAAUCCACUUGACUCUGACCCCACAACCAUUGCAGAGGCAGCCAAUGAAACAGCAGCACUUACUACCCCCAAGGAGCCUACACCGACAUUGAGACCCAGAGCAGGGAGAGAAAAGAAGCACCGGUCUUUCUCCAUCCACACUGAUCGUCCCACAGUUGCGACCAAUCUGACUGGCCAUGUAAAUCCAGGCCCUGGGGUAGCUCUGGGCCGUGUGGAGUGGCUGGUACCUUUGUUGAUGGUCUCAGCUCUAACCUUCCUCUGCCUUGUCCUCCUGCUGGCUGUGCUUGUCUACUGGAGGCGCUGUUUCCAGACAGCCCAUUUCUAUGUGGAGGACAGCGAUUCGCCCAGGGUGGUGCCCAAUGAGACGAUCCCUGUCAUCCCAAUCCCAGACGACAUGGAAGCCAUUCCAGUCAGGCAGUUCAUAAAACACAUCUCUGAACUCUACUCAAAUAACCAACAUGGAUUCUCAGAGGAUUUUGAGGCUGUUCAACGGUGCACUGCUGAUAUGAAGAUCACAUCAGAGCACUUCAACCACCCUGACAACAAGCACAAAAACAGAUACAUCAACAUAGUGGCCUAUGACCACAGCAGGGUGAAGCUGAGGCUACUGGCUGGGAGGGACUCCAAACACACAGACUACAUCAAUGCCAACUAUGUAGACGGUUAUAAUAAGCCUAAAGCCUAUAUUGCCGCCCAGGGACCUCUCAAGUCCACUUAUGAGGACCUCUGGCGGAUGGUAUGGGAACAGAAUACGGGCGUCAUCGUCAUGAUCACCAACUUAGUUGAAAAAGGAAGGAGAAAAUGUGACCAGUACUGGCCAACAGAAAACAGUGAAGAGUACGGCAACAUGGUAGUAACACUGAAAAGCACCAAGGUUCGUGCCUGCCACACUGUCCGCUGUUUCACACUGCGCAACACUCAAGUCAAAAAGGGUGGGAAGGGGAACUCCAAGGCAGGGGCUCAGAAUGAACGCACAGUGCUCCAGUAUCAUUACACCCAGUGGCCAGACAUGGGUGUCCCAGAGUACACCCUGCCUGUCCUCACGUUUGUCCGAAGGUCCUCAGGGGCUCAGAAGCCUGAUAUGGGGCCCAUGCUUGUUCACUGCAGUGCUGGAGUGGGUCGGACGGGGACGUACAUCGUCAUCGACAGCAUGCUGCAGCAGCUCAAAGACAAGAGCACAGUUAAUGUACUCGGCUUCCUCAAACACAUACGCAGCCAGCGCAACUACCUAGUCCAGACAGAGGAGCAGUACAUCUUCAUCCAUAAUGCCUUGAUGGAAGCUAUUUUGGGGAAGGAGACAGAAAUGGCAGCUAGCCAGCUUCACAGCUACUUCACCAGCAUCACAACACCAGGACACACUGGCCGGAUACGUCUGGAUAAACAGUUCAAGCUGGUAACGCAGUGCAAUUCCAGAUUCAUGGACUGCUUCAAUGCUCAGAAGGACUGCAACAAAGAGAAAAAUCGAAAUUCCUCUGUGGUGCCAUCGGAGCAAGCCAGAGUCGGCCUAGCACCUUUGCCUGGCAUCAAGGGCACCGAUUACAUUAACGCAUCUUAUAUCAUGGGGUACUACCGUAGUAAUGAAUUCAUAAUUACCCAGCAUCCUCUGCCCCACACCAUAAAAGACUUUUGGAGAAUGAUCUGGGACCACAAUGCACAAAUUAUUGUUAUGCUCCCUGCCAACCACGGACUGGCGGAAGAUGAGUUUGUGUACUGGCCCAGUCGGGAGGAGGCGAUGAACUGUGAGGCGUUUACUGUCACCCUCAUCAGUAAAGAUCGACUCUGUCUGUCCAACGAGGAGCAGAUCAGCAUCCAUGACUUCAUCCUUGAAGCUACACAGGAUGAUUAUGUUUUAGAGGUUCGUCACUUUCAAUGCCCCAAGUGGCCGAACCCUGGUGCACCCAUCAGCAGCACCUUUGAGCUCAUCAACGUCAUUAAAGAGGAGGCGGCCACCCGCGAUGGACCAACCAUCGUCCACGAUGAGUUGGGAGCGGUGUCAGCUGGCAUGCUGUGUGCCCUCACCACCCUGUCUCAGCAGCUGGAGAGUGAGGGCGCUGUGGAUAUCUACCAGGUGGCCAAGAUGAUCAACCUCAUGAGGCCAGGAGUCUUCACAGACAUUGACCAGUACCAGUACCUAUACAAAGCUCUGCUCAGCCUCAUCAGCACCACAGAGAGCAGUUUGGGUCCUCUGGCCAGGGACGUUAACGGGACCAUGGUGUCCAUGUCCGACCAGUCCUACCAGUCCGACCAGGCAGAGAGCAUGGAGUCAUUGGUGUGAGGGAGGUCCCUCAGAGGCCCGGAACUGAGCGCGUCCUGUGUGUCCCAACAACCUGCGAGGUCCCUGAACCUACAAAGCUGGCACUUAACUUUGUAAAACGUCGAGGAACUAUUGAGGACAAGACUUUUUGAGGCCUUUUUUGCCAGACUCUUGGUUAAAACAAAUAACCUGAUUACUUUUUUACACUGAUAAAAAGUUUUUGAUAUUUAUUUUUUUCGCCAUUUUAUGUCUUAAUGUUCUCCUACUGAAGGGUUUGCACCUGCGUUUUUGAGUUUCACAGCGGCGUUGGUAGGCAACGAGAAACACUUUUCUGUCUUUUCUUGUUUGCACUAUAUAAUGUCAGUGUUACUGCCUAUACUAAAGCUGACUCACUUGGCUUUUCCUCACUUGAGCUCUGAUUUUUUUCCUUUUUCUUUUGACAUUCCAUGACUUUGGCCCUUAUUCCACCAACUGCUUCUGUGAAGGACAUUGUUCUGCCUGCCACCUACCAGUUCAUUUAAAGCAGCGGAUGGAGGAAGUUACAAACUCUCAGCCUCAGUAACAAAAUGCUGGUCAGCUUCAGCUCAGUAUAACCUCCUCCUUCCUGCUCAGCUCUAAUAUCAUAUUACCACUCAUUUAUCACAAGAACCAAGAUCUUGGAGGCUUGUCACAGACAAUUAGUGCUUGUUUUCUGAAAGUAAUUUCCCUUUCAUUUUUAUUUUGUUGCCACUCUCUCCUGUUAGCAAGUCACAUUCAUGUUAGAGUACCGGAGGUGGUACAACAACUGCUACUGUGAACUUUUAUUAUUUCUUUGUAUAAUUCAUAAUAUGCUUUUUAAUAUAUGGGAAUACUGUAUGUAUACAUAUAUAAAUAUAUCCUUAUCAUAAUAACUUUGUGAUUUUGUACAUGUUCUUUGUGGCCUCCUGCCGCAGGCCGGUUGAUUUCCAUUACAUCCGAUUAUUUACCACUCCAUUGCUCACAGCUGACUCACAGCAAUCUGGAAGCAGACACCCUCAGUCCUCUACGUUCUUGUAUGCUGCUACAUCAUUUGUUCUCACACACACAAAUACACACAUACAGAUGCCACAAGUAGAGAUUUUCUUAUUCAAAACAUCUGAUGAGCUACAACAGACGAGGCAACCUCUUGCCAUUUUGCCAUCAUUUUGAAAAUAACGUUGUGAACGUUUUUUUUUGUUCUAGUCAUUGAAUCAUUUUGACAAUGAAGUCAGAGAUUAAAAACACAAAAACAUAUAUGUGGAGCCAUCAUUUACCCACAUGCAACUGUAUGUGUGUGUGUGUCAUUGUAUAGGGUUGAGUAAGUAUGAUCUCCCGGGGGACAGCAGACUCAACAACAAACUCUAUGCAACAAAUAGCUUAUGUUCUAGAAAUGAAACAGGGUUUAAAACAGUUUUUGGCUUCUCAGUGUUAGUCUAGAUUUGACUCUUCACAGUCAGUUUUUUAAAACAUAUUCAUUGUAAUUGUGCUCACGUUGUCUCAAACAUGAACAAGCUGAAAAACCAUUUCAUUUUGCUUUAAAGAGAUUUUGAGUUCACAACAUGAUAUGUACCACAUCUUUGACAACGAGAAUCUGACAAGAAAUAUUUCGGGAGCUGAUGCUUUUAUAAGACACAUACUGUAUGUUUGUGAUGCUUUAUUUCUGAUGAAUCAUUUCAAGAUGAUCCAUUAUCCUUCAGUUUGCCACCUAUGUAGGCUUGGGUAAGAUGAGCUGCAGUUUUUGGUUUGCAGUUUAGUUUUUUCAUUAUAUCGUUGCGUGAUCUCAAAAUGUUAGGGCCUAUGCUGCUUGAAUCAGCUCCAACACAGUGCUCUACAAUAUGUUGAAUGAGAGCUGUGUCUAACACGAGAAUACAGUUACUGUUGCAUGGAGUAGCAUCACUAAUGCCCCAAAAGGUUGUCUUUGCUUUCAACAGUUUUAUUUUACUGUAAUAAUAUGACAAGCACCUGAAAAUGCAUUUGAUAAGAAAAAUAAUCAUUACCCAACCCUACCCCUCUGUCAAACUGGAAGGAUGUUUUCUAAUUUUUUGUUUCUAUUUACAAAUUCUAUCAGAAGGUGUUAGUCUCUCACUCACUUCUUUCAGAUCAGCCUGUCUGAGAUGGAAAAGAACCCACCCCCUACCCCUGCUUCUGAUUGGCUAGUCUACCCAUUGUCUUUGUUGGUUGGGUUGGUCAAGUUUGGGAUGAAGGGUGAUGAUUGGUUAGGAUUAGGGUACAGAUAUUAGAGUAGUGGCGCAGCCUCACAUACACAGGUCAAAGUUGAAACCGCGCUGCGAUUUGCCUAACACAGGUGGCGCUUGUUUUAUUCGCGUCCAAGCUUGCACAGAUUGGAAGUGAACAGAAUGCAAAGAUUUGCCCCAAAUACAUUCUGGUAUGUGUGACCAGGCCCUAAGCACAUUAGAAGCAGGGUAGGAUCAAGUCUUCUGCGACCUUUGGUGUGAAAAAAAGGAAGCACUCUGAGCCCACUGGUUUCUACUGAGGACAUUAACAUCUAAAAAGUAGUUGUAGUUGUAAAUAGUAAUUUCCUAAAACAACUCAAACAGGUGGAUUUUUUGACAAUAAAACAUUAACAGAAUAACACCCAUCUUAUCCUCUAUCCUUUAUCUUAUCCUAUAAAUCCGGGGCUCAAGCCAGUUGUGAUUAAACUGCAGCUGUUAAAACACCUGAAGAGAUCAAAUACACAAUAUGUUGCAAACUGAAAAUCAAGCAAUCUCUAUAUGUAACUGGACGAGCAGAAACUGCACGUCCCAAGUGCGUUUGGUCAAAGGCAGAACAGGUCCGAGAGCCAAGCUCGCUGUCAGAGGUGACUGCUCGUUCCGCCCUCCCAAGGCCUUGUGUACAUAUUGUCCAUUCUUCACUCACUUUUCUCCGGAGAUGUAUUUUUGUGGCCUACAAGCAAAAAGCAGAGUCUCAGAUGUUUCCUGCUUUAGCUGCAGUAACCUCUCACACACACACAUAUACAUAAUUCCUUACUUAUUUUCUUGAGGAUGUUCUAACUCUACCACAGAUUUAGAUGAUAUUCUGUACCUGUGAAAUGAACAAUUGUGAAAGUAUUUUCCUUACUUUUUUUCCACACAGCACAAAACAGUGUGUAAUGGCGAGAGAAAGGGGGACAAAUGUAUUUCCAUUUUUUAAGAAACUUUAACCAAAGACUUGAAUCCUUCCCGUGCAGCAAAUGAUUUUGGAUGAGCUUUUCUCUCUCUUAUGACUGCCCAACCCCCAUCAGCCAACCACCACACACGCACACAGACAGACACACGGACAAACACUUCACUUUGACCUCAUUUUUUUACAUUAGCAUUGAAGUUCUUUCAGUUACUGUUGUCAUUAUCAUUUGGGACAUAGAGAAAAAUCAAUGGAUAAUCUGAGUAGGUAGAGCAUUAAAGACAAACUAUUUCUCUUCAUCUUGCAGUAUUAUCUCCCCAAUGGGGCACACAGUAGAAACUCUCCAACUUUGAGGGAGAAAUCUACAGAACAUUUUAGUUUCUGGACUUUUUCUCUCAUUUUUUAAGAAUCAUACACUUCUCAUAAGUGCCUGGUCACACCAGAAAGAGGCAAAGCGAAAUUCAUUUGUACAUAUCAAAAGAUACAUCAAAGUGAACUAAACUAGCAUUCAAUAUAAGAUGUUAGCUAGCCGAUGAUGCUGGUUUGCUUCCAGUUGCUAAUAUUCAGGUAAAAUUGCCCAUUCUAUCCAUACCUGCAGACUAUGCUGCAUCUCUCUACAGAGCACGAGUGACAUUCAUCUUGGGUGGAGGAAUGCAAUCAAUUUGAUAGCAUCCUCCAUUUUUACCUCUCUGGAUCUCCCAAUUAUUAUCAGUGCUGACAGUCUGCUGGAGCUUCAUGGUGUGGAUUCAUAUAUAGAAUGUACUGUUGAGUGAAAUAAAGUGUAAAAUUUGCUGGUGUGACCAGGCCCUUCAGAUUGUCACUGCCAUGUUUCUGUCCCUGCUUUCAUGCAAUGCUUGAUCAUUCUGAAUGAAAAAUGUUUUGUGAUGCCUUUGAAGUGCACACGCAGCUGUACUGUCAAUGAAAAUGUACAUAUAUUUUGUUGCCUCUGUAACACAGGCCUUCUCCUGAAACUGUGUAUUUAUGAACUGUGUCAGAGGAGUGUUUGAAAUGGUAUCAUCCAUAUUUCCAUUAUUUCUCUUGACUGAUUUUGUAACAUAAGCAUUACAUUUAUUUUACUGUUUGUUGAGUUUUGUGCCACAGAACUCUCACGAUGUUUCCAAACUGACCCAUCUGAUCUAUUAUCACACACUUUUUAAAUCUAUUCUCUUUCAUGUGAACUCACUUAUGGCAUUGCUGUUUGUGCUGUAUCCUGUGGAAGCCAGGUGUCUUUGUAUCCACGUCAUCAGAUUCCAGUUUCCAGCUUCACGCCCUCCAUUAAUGUCCAGGCAGUGAUUGUGAUAUUAAGAUGUUAUCCACCUUUCUUUUGAUUUCUUCUGGUUUUCGUCCUUUAGAAGCUACGAUUCUGCUGUCAGCUCUCUUGUAUGUUUCUAGAUAAUUUCCUCCUUAUUGACCCAUUUUGGAAAGGUGGAUGUUCCUUCCUCUUUUUAAACAUGAACUAAGAAAGAAAAAAAGAUGGAUUUCUUUUUCCCUUUUUGUUUUAUUGAAAGCUAUAUCAAAGCAUUCUAUUAUAGUGUUAUUUAAUAUGUAAAUGGUAUUGCUAUACAUAAAAUAAAAUAUGGGUUUUGAUGUAA